AUGAUGUCUUUCUCGCGUCCUCUGCUUUUCUCUCUGCUGUUUUGUUGCAGUGAGCUGAUUUUAGCUCAAAUAAAAUACACGACUCUAGAAGAAGUCAAAGUGGGAACUAUUAUUGGAAAUGUUGCCAAGGAUUUGGGUCUUGAUGUCAGUACCUUGAUAAACCGGCGUUUUCGUAUUGUGUCUGGAGCUCAGGACGCGCUGUUUGAGGUAAAUCCUAACAAUGGGGCUUUGCAUGUUCAUAAAAAUCUCGACCGAGAACAGCUGUGCGAUGGAAAUAGUGCCUGUAUGAUAGAUCUGAAAAUCGUUGCUGAAAAUCCACUUGAAAUCCAUUAUGUCACUGUGGAAAUAACGGAUGCUAACGACCAUGCACCGAGGUUUGCAGAGAAAGAAAAGAUAAUAGAAAUAGCAGAAACUACUUUAACAGGAGCACGAUUUCAGUUACCAGGCGCCCACGAUCCAGAUGUUGGAAUCAAUUCAGUCCAGCGCUAUAAACUUAGUCAAAACGACAACUUUCAUCUUGAAAUUCGAGAUAGGGGAGAGGAUAAAAUUCCUUUUCUAGUGUUGCAGAGGCAAUUAGACAGAGAGCAGAAAACAAACCAUAGCUUGAUCUUGACCGCUAUAGAUGGAGGGACACCGUCAAAAUCAGCAAAUCUCAAUCUUACAAUAAGAGUUCUUGAUAACAAUGAUAACAGACCUGUUUUCUCUAAGGAGGUUUAUUCAGUUACAUUACUAGAAAAUGCUGCAUUAGGUACGAUUGUCAUAACAGUUCAAGCAACGGAUCUUGAUGAGGAAACUAAUGGAGAAGUCGAGUAUGCAUUCGGGGGUGAUAUCAAUUCAAAGGUGUUACAACUGUUCAGUCUGGACAGAAAUACAGGAGAAAUUCGCGUUAACGGACACAUUGACUAUGAGACAGCAGAUGUUUUCAAGUUAGACGUUCAAGCCUCUGACAAAGGUCAGCCUCCGAUGACAACUGAUUGUAGAGUUAUCAUAAAAAUCCAAGAUAUCAAUGACAAUAAACCAGAGAUAGAGGUUACUUCAAUAUCCAGCAUGGUCCCAGAGGAUUCGAAACCUGGGACUGUCAUUGCUCUCAUUAGUGUAGCAGACACUGACUCUGGCCUGAAUGGCAAAGUCAUUUGUAGUCUAACAGACAAUGUGCCAUUCGAAUUAAAACCGUCAUACAAAGAAAACAUGUUUUCAUUGGUGACAAAAGAAACACUGGACAGAGAGAUGGUUUCACUUUAUGACAUCUCAAUAACAGCUACUGACCGUGGUAAGCCUCCUCUUUCCACAUUCAAAACUUUGAGCAUUCAGGUGUCAGAUGUGAAUGAUAACAUCCCAGAGUUCUCACAUAGUCCCCUGGAAUUAUAUUUGACGGAAAAUAAUGCCCCUGGUGCAUCAAUAUUUUCUGUGAGUUCAUUUGAUAAAGACUUAAAUGAAAAUGCUGCAGUGUCUUAUCAUAUAGUUAGAGAAAGCAGUCAUAGUGAUACCGCAUCUUUUUUAAAUAUAAAUUCAGAUAAUGGACAAAUAUCGGCGCUAAAAAGUUUCGACUAUGAAACUUUGAAAACUUUCCACUUCCAAGUUGUCGCCACAGAUUCUGGAACUCCGUCACUAAGCAGUAACGUCACAGUGAACGUGUUCAUUCUGGAUCAGAACGACAACGCUCCAGUCAUCCUGUAUCCAGUCAGCUCCAACGGUUCUGCUGAAGGUGUGGAGGAGAUUCCCCGCAAUGUCAACGCAGGACACUUGGUGACUAAAGUCAGAGCCUAUGACGCUGAUAUAGGAUAUAACGGCUGGUUACUGUUUUCACUGCAGGAAGUUACUGACCACACUCUCUUUGGUUUGGACCGCUAUACAGGACAGAUCAGAACACUUCGCUCAUUCACAGAGACAGACGAGGCUGAGCAUAAACUGGUCAUACUGGUGAAAGACAAUGGCAAUGUUUCACUCUCAGCAACAGCUACUGUGAUAGUCAAAGUUGUGGAGCCCAAAGAAGCUUUUGCAGCUUCCGAUGUUAAAAGUGCAGCGAAGGAUGAGGAGGGGAAUGACGUGACUUUUUAUCUGAUGAUAACUUUGGGCUCAGUUUCAGUACUUUUUAUCAUCAGUAUCAUCGUGCUGAUUGCCAUGCAGUGCUCCAAAACCACAGACUAUACUUCAAAAUAUCUACAAGAGACAAAUUAUGAUGGGACACUGUGUCACAGCAUCCAGUACAGAUCAGGAGACAAACGCUACAUGUUAGUUGGACCCAGAAUGAGUAUAGGAUCUACUAUAGUCCCUGGAAGCCAUGCAAAUACUCUGGUGCUUCCUGACAGAAGAGGGACAUCUGGAGAGGUAAGACUUCAAAAACCAGUUUUUUUUAUAAGCAUUUAG